GUUUGAUAAGCAGCUAUUUUAGGAAAAUUCUGAUUAAAAACAACUUUUGUUUGACUGUUGUCUACCUCAUUAUGUUUUGGACGGUGGAAUAAGGUUCAUGGCUGAUCCAGUCCUAUGACGCCAUGAAGAACACGUAUAUCUUUCAGUGAGAUUCUUAAUUCCUGAGAGCGAGUAAAUAUGGGGUCACAUGUUGCUCUACCUUCUGAAAGCUAGUACACUGAGCCAGGAUAGAGCGGCCACAGAUCUCAAUCUGUGACUCAACACCCACAUUAUGUCAGAGGGAUACAUCUACAUGUACUUUUUUACAAGGGCGUUGAGUAACGGGCCUACAUUAAGUGCAAUACCUGUUUAUGGAGUUCAUUGAAGCAGAGAUAUUUUUUUGUGUUGGUAAAGAUAAUGCGUUCAGGCAGAAUUCAGUUCAACCGUGCCAGGUUUUCCCCGUCUUUUUGUGACCUUACUGUGGGAGAAUAAAGGGUGCAUUAUGUCAAAAUAAAAAAAUGUAGUCCGUGAUAUGUGCAUGUAGCGACCCCUGCAGGAAGUCUAUGACUCACACUGCGUGUUAGUAAAGCGCAGGCCGACGACAAACUGUUGGGAGUCGUACACAAUAUCGAACGCUAAAGGGCGUCGCCUGAAAAUAUAAUCUAGAUAAAUGUUUUGGAAACAGCAGCCCUUCAAGGAAUGAAUAAGUAUCCUUUGCAAUGGUGAGGUUUCUUGAUCUUAAUGUGCUGAAGGCAAGGCUAGUAUGUACGAAUCUAGCGUGAACUUCGUCCAUCUUGCUGUGUUUUUUCUGGUCACAUUUUGCGGUCAGAGUCUUGGUAUGACGAAUUUUAGUGGCACCAUCUUAUUAGGAUGUACAGCCGAUAAUCGCUGUGGAGCAGUCUACUGCGGCAAUGAAACCCAUGACAUCAUCUGCCCACGACCAAUUCCUAAUCCACCGCUCUUUAAUAUCACAAUCAAUUUUUGGGAUACAACGACAACAAUUCAGCCAACGACAUCAACCGAGCAAACCACGACACCUGAAGCAACAACAACAGUUGUACCCACAACCAAAUCUUUCACAACAUCAACUCAAUCUACUGAGGCCUUUUCUCAAACUGCUACAACGACGACCCACGUCACCAUAACGCAAUCCCAACAAACUGCAGUGACAGGCCAGCCCACUACAGUAACAACCCGGUUAGCCACAUCAGUCGCAACAGUUCCUUCAACCCCAAGUGUUCGGCCAGUAACGCAGACAACGCCUACCACCACACGGACGACUGUUACAACAACACAGCCCACACCCGUCGCUCCAGCCUCGCCUGGUCAAACGCCUUCUGUCACAUCGACCGCUGCAAGGCCAGCUCCAACAACAAGGCCUGAAAAUGACAUCGAAGUAAUAAUUGUGGGAAAUCCGGACAAUCCACCUGAGGAAAGAGACAACAUAACAAUCAUUGUGGCAGUAAUCGUGUCAGCGGUGGCAGUGAUUCUGGUUGCUCUUGUCACCACUUUCAUUUUAGCUAGAAUGUUCCGAUGGAGACUUUUUGGUUUCGCUACACCUAGUCCCCAACAUUCGGUGACUCCGCAGUUUAGCAGCUCUCCUACAAGAAAAGAUUACCGUCCUGAUCAUAACACCAGAAUCUGGAGACCCAAGUUUCUGUGAAGAACUACCAAACAUGAUGUGGGAACAAGAAACAUGAGUUGGCAUCUUUAACUUGAGAUGAGUGGUUGAGGGCAUGAUGUCGGCACGCUGAAAAAAAUGUCACCUGAAAAAAAUUCAUUCAUGGCAAACGGGUGCACAAAAUAUUCAGUAUGUACCCAACUAGCCCCACAUCUGUGAUGGCGACAGAUAAGAGACAGAUUGUAAAAGAGAGCCACUGCAGCCCUAUUUGUGGGGCUAAUACCCAAUAUAAGUAAACUCUUCAAAUAAUGACUGUUAUGAGAUCGCAACCGCAAGGAAAGCGUGUACAUGUAUUUAACUCCUGUAGUAACAGGUGACAAUCAACAAUGGUAGUAGCGGUCGAAUUAUUCAACAACUGUGUAUGAUUCCGGAUUGGUAAAGUAUAUCAGGGCGGAUCCAGGACUUUCUCUAUUUUUGUGGACAAGCAGAAGCGAUGAUGAACUUAUACAUGACGUGCGUUGUUUACAAUGGUAUCGGUGAAUUUACUUCAGUUAUUUCCUAUUGUUUACCUUUUUGUCUCAGAGCAGAUCCAAUCCCUGGAUCCGCUGCUGUAUGUAAGAUCUGAAAAGCUCAAUGCUUUUGGGAGAAAAAAAAAAAGACUUUACAAUCACGUGAUAGGCUAUACUGCCUGGGUUUCCUAAAGUCGUGAAUGACAAACUCAGGACUCCACUCAAAGAAAGACUGCCCUCUCUCGAAGGUUACAAAAAGAAGACAUGUCAUAUCACAACUGUAAUUUAAAAGGUAACAGACAUAAAAAAAACAAACAAACAUUUAGUUCACGUGAAGUAUUUUAAAAUAACAAUAAAUACUUCACCGUUUCAAAAACAUCGUAAAUUUGAUAUUUACCCCAUUAAUUGUGACCCCAAAUGAAUAAAAAGAUCCUGCGUUUCCCGGCCCACAAAAAAACCCUCAGCCCCCAGGCUGAUUGGAUGACGUCAUCGCCCGAACGCUGACAUUUACAGCGUACAUGUAGCCUACACGUACUGUACACGUACAUGUAUAUUGCGCACAGUACAUGCAGUAUCGCACGCUUCAAUAGACCACGUUGUGUUUGAUGUAGCUUGUUCAAAAGGCAAACAUGGUUAAUUGUUGUUAUUUUAAAACACUUCACGUGAACUAAAUGUUUUCUAUUUCUGUCACCCUUUAACAACUGUAAUUUAACAGAAAAGACGGUAUUUUUUCUGCAUUGAACAAAAUGUGACCCGCAUUAGCCAACCAUAAAUAUAUGGUCAAUAUGUAAAGGUGGUGUAAUCGUAGUUGUCGCUAGGACUUUCUUCUGUGAGGGGGUGCAGCACUGGUCAGUAGCAAACUUACAUGCCAUAAAGGAUGGAAGGAGGGUAAUCCAAAAGUAUUUUUAGGCAAAUUGGUGAUUUUCAUACCCCUUCCUCCUUUUUGCUGUCCCUUUCACUCUUCUUUUCUUCCCACUAAGGUAUUAACUUUUUGAGAAGCAAGCUUUCCCCCCCCCGCAGCCAAUGGGCUGGAUGUAACGUGCAAACGUGUCAGACUCCUCUCACAUGUGUGUAGCCACUGCGUCGCUUGGAUAUUAUCUCUGAACAUUUAUU